AUGAACGGCCUGAUGGCUCGUCUGUCUGCAACGAGCUGCCGGACGAUCGCCGUCAGCUCAGGCAGCAGCAAACCGCUGGCUCAGCCGAAACCAGCCUCCAAGGACGCAGCAAAACUCCGUCUUGUGUUCCUCCAGCCCUGGAUUCCCCGAGCCUGCUCUCCUGCCCCUUCAGCCCAAUGUCUUCCUGUUCUGACAUUGCUGCUGUUGCUGAUUCUGUCUUCAGUCAGUCUGGAGAAAAAUCUGAACUCACAGGAUGGACAUGUCUCCUCAGUGAGUCCAGACCUUGAGGACAAAGUUCCUGAAAUCCCUGCAAACAUAUCAGUGUUCACAUCACGACGAUUUGUGGAGAGUUCCAGGGCUUCUCGGAAUAUCCGUGAAGCAAAGAGGACGGUUGAUCUUGGAAAACUGAAAUGGGUAGAGAGGUGGGAGUUUGCGACGGAACUCCCCGAUAGAGCUGUUUUCAUUUACAACAAAUACGCUAAACGCAAAGAGUAUGUCUGCAAAUUCGGAUGCCUUAGUGGCUUCUACAGCCCCAGUGUAGAUUUUCGAUGUCACGUCACCUUUAACAACAAGGAGUUAUCAUCCUUUGUUUAUGAGAUCCUAGUGAAUGAAGAUGACUUUGAAAUUCUUGAGUGGAAGGACGGUUAUUAUGGUUCAGUGCCCCAAAACUCAGAAACAUGUGAUCUUUUCGAAUUCUAUGUUGGGAAAAACUAUUAUGGUUUAGGGAAGGUGGAUACUAAGGAACAGUGCUUCUUUCUUCCCUGGAAAGGUAGUCAGUACUGGUACAGGAACUACCAGGUCCUGACCAUUAACAAAGACGUUGUGAGCAACUUCAUGACCGACAUCAGAUACAACACUGAUGAUGCUAAAAUUGUCUCGUACCCUCCUGAGACGAUGAGCACAUCUGUUGUCAUCAACAAUGAUUGUAAUCAAGCAACAAAGUCAGUGACUCUCUCCAAGACAAUCAAGGAGGAGAAAAGGUGGGAUCUCAGCUCUUCCCUCACACUUGGUGUCACGACAGAAUUCAAAGUAGGGAUCCCCAGCAUCGCGGAAGGAAAAGUUGCGGUCAGCGCUGCAGCAUCAUUCCAGGCCUCAGGUGGAAACUCCAAGACAGAAGAAAUCUCCCACUAUGUUUCUGUGACCAUCCCUGUCCCACCAAACCACUCCUGCACAGUGCGAAUGGUGGGUCAUAAGUAUACAAUAGACAUCCCUUUCACUGCACGCUUCAGACGCACCUACAGGAACGGGAAAACCACAUGGACGUCCAUCUCUUCAAAGUAUGACAGCGUCCAGGUUCGGGAAGUUCAUGCCGUGAUAGAUCGGUGUACACCUAUACCUAACGCCACCCCUUGCCCCUAGAGAACAUCAUGAGAUAGUUGGCAUUCUGUAUGUAGCACCAUUAAAACUCAUGAAAACAAAUGUGUGUGAAGACAAUACCUUCGACAUGUAUACAAAAGUGUUCUAUUUGAUUCAAGUCAGGCAACACACUUGACCAGGUCUGUUCCACAAAAAGAAAUGUACAAGAACACCACCUUGGAAAUGUGUCUGUCAAAAUAAAUUCUGCUUUACAGAUCAAAAUAAAAUAUAAUGUCCACCUUUAA